CUCAUUGAGCCAAUCGGUUAAGGAGCACUAGAUGGCGUCUGACACUCCACUUCCCGAGAGAGAGAGAGAGGGGGAGAGGGAGAGGAAUUAACAGGCGGUGCUGAGACUGAUCACAUCACACAGUCAGACCUGUACGGAUCAGGCGUCAGUGACCAUUGAUAGUAAACGACUGAAAGGAAAACGGAGGAAAACCAUAAAGAGAGAAUACAAAAACGCAAGCAGCAAAAUGGCAGGUAUAUUAGUCUGGUUUUGGAAUGAGAGAUUCUGGCUCCCACAUAAUGUAACUUGGGCAGAUUUAAAAAACACAGACGAAGCAACCUUCCCGCAAGCUGAGGAUCUGUAUCUGGCGUUUCCUUUGGCAUUUUGCAUUUUCAUGAUCCGGCUGGUUUUUGAAAGGUUUAUUGCAAGACCAUGUGCCUUGGGCCUUAAAAUCCAAGCAAAUGGACCACAGAAAGCUCAACCCAAUGCUAUUCUUGAGAAGGUCUUCACUGCAAUUACCAAGCACCCUGAUGAGAAGAGAUUAGAAGGCCUUUCCAAGCAGCUGGACUGGGAUGUGCGCACCAUUCAACGCUGGUUUCGACAGCGAAGAAACCAGGAGAAACCCAGUACCCUCAGCAAAUUCUGCGAGAGCAUGUGGAGAUUUACAUUUUAUCUGUAUAUAUUUACCUAUGGAGUGCGGUUCCUAAAAAAGACUUCCUGGCUUUGGGACACCCGAGACUGCUGGUACAACUACCCAUACCAGACUCUUACAACUGAACUUCAUUACUACUACAUUGUGGAGCUGUCAUUCUACUGGUCCUUAAUGUUCUCCCAGUUUACUGAUAUCAAAAGGAAGGACUUUUUAAUUAUGUUUUUGCAUCACCUUGCCACAAUCUCCCUGAUAACCUUCUCUUACGUGAAUAAUAUGGUGCGCGUAGGAACACUGGUCAUGUGCCUUCAUGAUGCAUCUGAUGUGCUGCUUGAGGCUGCUAAAAUGGCAAACUAUGUGAAGUGUCAAAGACUCUGUGACCUCCUGUUUGUCAUGUUUGGGUUAGUCUUCAUUAGUACUCGGCUUGCUGUUUUUCCUGUCUGGAUCUUAAACACAACCGUGUUUGAAAGCUGGGACAUUGUUGGUCCAUAUCCAUCGUGGUGGGUCUUCAACUUGCUGCUCUUACUGCUUCAAGUGCUGCAUUGCUUUUGGUCAUAUCUCAUCGUAAAGAUAGCCUGCAAAGCCAUUUCUAAAGGAAAGGUGGGGAAAUGGAAUCCCUUGCAUGUAUCAAAUGAUGAUCGCAGUGACAUUGAAUCCAGCUCCGAUGAGGAGGAUGCACCAUCUCCGACUAAAAAGACACAUAACACUGCAACUAAUGGGACCAAUGGGGCGAACGGAACAAACGGAUACCUCACUGGGACUACUUGUCCAGACGAACACUAAUACCGUAUUUAGCUUUUAGAAUGUCAAGCACUGGAAGGAUGUCACGGAAACCAUUAGUAGAUCAUUGUAUGUGAGACAUGAACGAUAUUACCUGUUUGAUACUGGAAGUACAUAAUAGGACUUGUGAAUGCGUUUAUAUGUAUAUCAGCAUCAGACACAGUUCAAUAGAAUAUCAGAGCAUUCCAAUAGUGCACUGUCCGUGAAUGAAUGAAGAAUUACAUUUUCAUUAUGUGUAAGCAAGCAUGCUGCAUAAUAUGUAGUUUCACACAAUGGGAGCUGUAUUUUCAUAGAUUUUUUUGUUAUUUAUUUGUAUAUAUGUUUAAGAUUUGUGGAUAAAAGGGAUUUUCUUGUAGUCUUUUGAUUUGUGGUGACACGCUCUUUAACUUAAACUGCUCAGUCUGCUUUGAGAAAUAGUGUUUCUUUUUUUUAUUAUUAUUAUUGCUUGCCACAUGCAGUAGUCCUUGGUUAUCUUUAAGUGAUGUGAUGUUGGCCUAUCUAACCCAGUGGUUCUUUCUGUUUACAGUUGUGCUUAAUACACGUGUAUUAUAGGAAAUACAUUUCUAAAGUUUAUUGUCAGCACUGCCUUUUAGGCAAUUAUUAAACAGACAGUCGGCCAGUAGCAGUGUUUUGUCUGUGGAAGAGUCAUGCUGUGAAACAGAGACAGUUGCUUCCAUUAGGCAUGGAUGCAUAUAUUUUGGUUAAUCUAUAGACACAAAUAUAGUACAAGUAUUAUUAUAAUUUUUAAGGUACUAUUUCAAACCACUGAACCACAAUAUUGUGAUGCUCCAAUUGCUGGUAGUUUUCAUUUUAUUUAAGUGGUUUUAAUUGCCCGUACCCGUGCAGUCAUUUUAAAUGUGCUAUAUUUGUGACGCAAGCUUGGUAUAUAUAGUAUAUAAAGUAACUGUAUGCUUUCAGAAAUUGUCUGUGUUUAAAACUAUAGUUAGGAAUGGAGGGGAAAGUGGUAGUUGCCAAGAAAUCAAUGGUGGUUUGUGUUUUACCAUCCUUGAUGUGUACUGUCAUGUACAGCUUUAAUUUACUGCGAUGAAAUAGGUACUUGUUAACGGCAGGGAUCCAUACUCUAUCAGCCCACCACUGAGAGAGAGCUUAUAUUUUGCGUUUCAAAGUGGUGGGCUGAUAAAGUAUGGAUCCCUGUAAUUAAUAAGUACCAAAAGCUGUACAUGUACGGUACACACACACACACACACACACACACACGUGUAUGUAUAUAUAAUCUCAGUUUUAGGAGGAGGGAGAGGUGUCCCAUUAGUGUUUGAGUUUUCUUUCAACUUCAAGCAAAAUCAUACAGGACCUCAUGAAUGGUAAUAGUGCCAAGUCAUUUAUUUAUCUUAAAAAUGGCCUGUUAAAUUUUUUAUUUUUUUUUUUUCCCCUCCAGUGGUUUUUAAACGUAACAUUAAACAGGAAUAAGCUGCACAGUCCAGAUUUCAUGCCAAGCCAAGGUACGCAAUAAUCCACAGUAAUAUUUAAUAAGUUACUGUUUGAAAGCCAAACACCAGGCCAGGGUAUAAUAACAGAGAUACUUUGUAACAGGGAGCCUUAAAGUGCUGUAUGUACUUUCCCUCUAAGACCAAGUCCUGAAUGUAUAUGGUUAGUGUAAGGUCCUCGGAUUCUGUGUCUUGAUAAAGCCUUAAAGCCUAAUAAUAUACUAAUUUGUUGUGUGUGUAUAAGUGCAUGGAGAAUGUUGGUCUCCAUUGUUGUUGGGUCUUCACCAAAAUACAUGUACAGUAGGUAACAGCAACCUUAAUAUCAAGAUAGUCAAGAACAUUAAAUUCAUCCCAUGAUAAGCAAGGUAUUUGUAAAUCCUGUUGAUAUACCUGUAUGUUUAGACAGUGAAAUGUACCGUAAGUCAUGGUUAAAUACUAUACAAUUAUGCAUUUCUUCAUUGCCAGCCAAAGCAUUGCUAAAUUAACAGAAAACAUAUCAUGCCAAAGACCAGCUAAAAAAUUAAACCAUCCCAUAUGGGAAAAACAAAAACAAAAAUCCUGUAUGAAAAAAUACAAAAAAUCUAAACAGUAGUAUUCAAUAUAGUGUUUUGGUUACUACUAGAGAAUGAAGUAGUACUAGAUGAGUUUUUUGAGGGACUAGUCUUAUGUAAACAAUGUUAUGUUAAACUCAAAUAAUUGUAUGUUUUUAAUAAAACAAAAGGCAGUAUAAUGGUACUAAUGGAGCAGGAACUCAAGGUAUAUUUUUUCUCUAAGCUCACUCCCACAUUGAGUUUCUUUUUUCCACCCCAGCCCAGUCACUGAAGAGGAGAUGCUACUGUACUUGGGGUUCCUUUUAGUAUUUUGUGACUGGAAUACAAGUUUGGCAAUAAUUGUGUACUCCUUUCUGUUAAAAAGAACACGACUAUGCAGUGUUUGUGGAUCACAUGCAGUGAGGGUACUGUGUGUUUUUUUUGUGUGUGCAAGAGAGUGUGCUUGAUCUGGUAUUCUAUUCUUAUUUGAAAUGUUCUGGCGUUUUCUUCUGCCAAGUGGGAAGUUAACCCUUUAUUUACAACCAUGACACAGUCAUUCCAGAAACCUACUGUGAACUACCACCAUCAUUUUAUAUGAUUUUACUUUAUACCACAGUCAAACAAUCAUCUGACUAUCACAGCGACUAAAUGUGAGAAAUCUAAAGCAACCUUUGAGAAAAUGACAACAGUACAGGGAGUCGGAUGCUGACAAUAUGUUUUAAGAUUGCCACGGCAUUUUUUUUAUUACUGUGUGAUGUCACUGGUUACUAGAGAAUAUCUUUGUUUGAAAAAAAAAAAGAAUAAAUAAGUGUUGAAUAGAAAACUGGGCUCUGUGAAGUACAUGUUUAGUUUACACACGUGUGCAUAUUGUGCAGGGUUUACAUUUGAUUGUUACUUUGUGCUGUCAUUGGUUGAAAGGCUUCUUCUUUUUGGUAUUGAAUGUGUAUGUGUUUACUUUUGGAUUCUGCAGCCAAUGGUCAUUGUAGAUGAAUGGCAAAAACUUUCACAAUAAACAUGUGUGUUGAUAUUACAACAUCGGUAGUGCUGUUUUGAUUGAUUGUUUAAGUACUUUCAGGUUCAUUUUGUUACAGUUUUGUACACUGUUUGAAUUCAAAUGGUUUAGGGUAUUUUUUUCACAACUAACACAACUGCACUAUGUGGCAGGUAACAAUGCUUCUCUGUAAAUAAACCAUUGGAUUGACUUCUUGUAUGAAAAAUGGGAUCAAGGAAAAAGUUUAUAUUUAUUUUGUAGAAAUGUUAAGUGUCAGUGGGUCCUUUGCAAUUGUACAAUUUGAAAAUGUGUGGGGAAACCGAAGUGAAAAACUACAGUAAAAUGUUACGAGCUGCAUUUUAAAAUUCCUAUACAAUCGAUGUAAUAAGAACAAUAACCACUGAUUAAUUGAAGCCUGCACUGUAGAGCCAAACUGUUUAAUAAAUGUAUUUUUUUUCAUCA